AUGGACGCGCAUGAUGACCAGCGCAAUUUCCUGUCCCGAAAUUCGGUUUUUGAACAGAACAAAGCUUUAGAUUUGGUUGAACCGUCGAAAGGGAGAGUGCCACAUCUGAACUACGUCCGUCAUGUUUUGCCCAACUCAAUCAACUGGUAUCCCGGCCACAUACGGAAGGGUCUCAAGGAUAUCACUUCACGUUUAGCUGAGGUUGAUAUAGUUAUAGAACUUCAUGAUGCUCGCAUCCCGCUGACUGGGCGCUGUCAAUUCGUAAGGGAAGCUGGUCAAAUACGCCCUCAUGUCUUGGUAAUGACUAAGACAGACCUAUCCGAACCAAUCAAUGACUUCACCAAGCACAAAGAGCUUAUCUCAGAAGACCCCUCUUUUGGCCCAUUGGACCAACCACCAGCAGAAAUCUUUUUCACCAAUCUUAAACACCCAGAACGGCAAAAACGUCUCUUGCGCAGAAUCCUCACAAGAUUGGCUGAACUAGCACCCCGUUGGUCCGAUCCAAGUUCGUCCUUUGUACACGAAUUUGCCGACGAUAUUAGUGAGGAUGAAGCCCCGUCUAGCGUCCAACGGUACAUCAAUGCGAUAGUAGUGGGACUUCCUAACUGUGGAAAAAGUAGUCUUAUUAACGCGUUACGCAGCUUCGCUCCCUCUACACGCCGUCGGAGGGCGGCAGUGAGAGUGGGGAAGAAUGCUGGAAUGACACGCAGCGUCGGGGGUCCGGUGGUGAUCGCUCGCGACUUCCCCGUGGUUACAGCGGAUGGUACGACCCGCGAGCUCUGCACCCUCCGUUUGAUCGAUACACCUGGCAUCCUGGAGCCGAAGGCUCAGACUCUCUGUGGUCAGCUCAGUCUGGGUGUUUGUGGGGCGAUGGACUGGAAUGCAGUGGAUAAGAUCCUCCUGGCCGACUACCUCCUCUUCUGUCUGAAUGCGCACUCCAACUAUCAAUACGUAGUGACCUUCGGGCUGCCUGAGCCGACAAGAAGAGUGGAUAAGUUAUUGGCGUGGGUGGCAGCGCGGCGUCAUCUAAUUCAACCGCUCCAUCAUCAAAAUCGCCGCCUCGCAGAGGAGGUCGGGGAGAGCUUCCAACCGAAAUCCGUAGGGGACCCUGAUUUUGACGCUGCAGCAGUGCACUUUCUGCGAGCGUUUAACGAGGGUACUUUGGGCAAACUUACCAUUCUGCCGGCUGAUGAAGCGCGUGCCGAACCUUGGUUCGUUCCCACCACCUCCUCCAACGUCUUUUGGUUCCUAAAAUCAAGAUGUCUGAGAGAGUCAUCAGGGAUUAAGUGCGUCUUUCUUUUCCAGGCAGCUAUGGAGGAGGUUUCAGCAUCGAAAGCUGCAAGUCUCGAUUGGAGUGAGUUUCUAAAGAAGAAGGAGGAGUUUGCAAAUCUACCUGUCCCUCAAGAUUGGAAGGGAUGGUUUGCCUACAAAUUCAUCGAGUGGUCACUCUUUGCUGUGGAGGAUCCCUGGGGCUUCACCUCGACUAUCCUGAUUUGUGUGACACCACUCUUCUUCCUGAGUGCUAUCUUCUCCUACAAAUUAGCCAAGAUUUUGGAGAAGGAGGAGGAGGAGAAGAAGCGAAAAGAGCGUAAAAUCAACGCAGCGCGGGCGGCUGCGCAUCGGCACCCGAAGGCGGAUUAG